GUGACCUCUCGCGCUUUCAAGGUUGGUCGGCCUCUUUAUCACCCCUAAGACUGUCCUGGUAGGGGCCGUCGAAAAUGAAGUUGAAUAUAUCCUUCCCGGCGACGGGCUGUCAAAAGCUCAUUGAAGUUGAUGAUGAGAAGAAAAUUCGAGCUUUCUAUGAGAAGCGCAUGGCUUCUGAAGUCAGUGCUGAAAGUUUGGGAGAUGAGUGGAAGGGAUAUGUUGUUCGAAUUUCUGGCGGAAAUGACAAACAAGGCUUCGCAAUGAAGCAGGGGGUUUUGACCAAUGGCCGUGUCAAGCUGCUUUUGGGCAAGGGCCAAAGCUGUUACCGUGAGCGCCGUAGUGGAGAACGCAAGAGAAAGUCUGUGCGUGGUUGCAUUGUGGAUUCUAACCUUAGCGUCUUAAACUUGGUGAUUGUUAAGAAAGGGGAACAAGAUAUACCAGGUUUAACUGACAAAACCAUCCCUCGUCGCUUGGGACCCAAGCGUGCUAGCAAGAUCCGCAAGCUUUUCAAUUUGACAAAGGAAGAUGAUGUCCGCCAGUAUGUUGUCAGGCGUCCUUUACCAGCAAAAGAAGGUAAAAAGGCCAGAACAAAGGCCCCCAAGAUCCAGCGUCUGAUUACUCCUCUGGUGCUGCAGCGUAAGAGACAUCGCUUGGCACUCAAGAGAAGAAGAGCUGCUAAGAAGAGAGAUGAAGCCGCAGAAUACCAGAAACUCCUUGCUCAGAGGUUGAAAGAAGCCAAGGAAAGGAAAAUGGAGCGUCGCAGGUCUGCUUCAAAAAGCAGAGGAGAUUCUGGAAGGGAAUCUGUUUCAAAAAAAUGAAUUUCAUUAUGUGAAAAAAUAAAAGAACUGUAAAAAAUAUUAAAUUAAAAAAAUGAAACUGAGC